AUGUCAGCGCAAAGCCUGCUCAACAGUGUCUUUUCCUGUUCCUCCCCAGGGGCCGGUGCUGCCUCUGGCAAGGGUUUGUCCAAAAGGAGAUUGCGCCAGACCCGCAGCCUAGACCCUGCCAUCAUCCGCAACUAUGGCCGAGAACCUGAGGAGGAUGAGGAUAUUGGAGGGCCCAUUCAUAACAGGGCUACUUUGGGCCGAGUUAGAGGAGCAGGUAGUGGGGGCAGCAGCCCCUGUACCCCGCUUUCUUCAGCUGAGUGUCUCGCAGUGUCUUCUUCUAGGGGUGCAAUUCGAAGGGGGCUGCCAUCUCCUGGCCCUCUGUGCUCAUCCUUCUCGACUCCCAGUACCCCCCAGGAGAAGUCACCCUCAAACAGCUUCCAAUUUGACUAUGAACCAGCCUUGGGACGAAACACCCUCAAGAGGAAUAUGGCCUGGGACCUGCCUUACUUCCUAGCUGGGCCCAGCGGUGGACGGUCCUCUUCUACUGCCGGCAUCCUCACCUCCCCAGGUGGAAGUACCAACAGCAUCUUCUCUUCUCCUCGGAGAUGGCUCCAGCAGAGGAAAUUACAGCCACCACCCAACAGCAGCAGUCAUUCCUACAUUGUGUGGAAGUCUGAGGGUGAUUUUACUUGGAACAGCAUGUCAGGGCGCAGUGUUCGGCUGAAGUCAGUUCCCGUACAAAGCCUCUCAGAGCUGGAGCGUGCCCGAUUGCAGGAAGUGGCUUUUUAUCAGCUGCAGCAGGACUGCGACCUCAGCUGUCAGAUUACCAUUCCCAAAGAUGGACAAAAAAGAAAGAAAUCUUUGAGAAAGAAACUGGAUUCACUAGGAAAGGAGAAAAACAAAGACCGAGAAUUUAUACCCCAGGCUUUUGGAAUGCCAUUAUCCCAAGUGAUUGCUAAUGACCGGGCCUACAAACUAAAACAGGACUCUCAGAGAGAGGAGCAAAAAGAUGCAUCGGAUUUUGUAGCUUCACUUUUGCCAUUUGGAAGCAAGAAACAAAACAAAGAACUCUCAAGCAGUAACUCAUCUCUUAGCUCAACCUCAGAAACACCAAAUGAGUCAACAUCCCCUAACACUCCAGAACCGGCUCCACGUGCCAGGAGGAGGGGUGCAAUGUCUGUGGACUCUAUUACAGAUCUGGAUGACAAUCAGUCUCGACUACUAGAAGCAUUACAACUGUCUUUGCCAGCUGAGGUUCAAAACAAAAAAGAAAAAGCAAGAGAUAAGAAACUGAGUCUAAACCCUAUUUACAGACAGGUUCCCAGACUUGUGGACAGCUGUUGCCAGCAUUUAGAAAAACAUGGUCUCCAGACAGUGGGAAUAUUCCGAGUUGGAAGCUCAAAAAAAAGAGUAAGACAGUUACGUGAGGAAUUUGACCGUGGUGUUGAUGUUUCAUUGGAAGAGGAACAUAGCGUCCAUGAUGUGGCCGCAUUGCUCAAAGAAUUUUUAAGGGACAUGCCAGAUCCCCUUCUCACCAGGGAACUCUAUACUGCCUUCAUCAAUACUAUCUUGUUAGAUCCUGAGGAGCAGCUGAGCACCUUACAGCUUCUCGUCUACCUCCUACCUCCCUGCAAUUGUGACACCCUCCACAGAUUGUUGCAAUUCCUCUCCACCGUGGCCAGACAUGCGGAAGACAAUGUGGACAAAGAUGGACAGGAGGUCACUGGGAACAAAAUGACAUCACUUAAUUUGGCCACUAUAUUUGGACCUAACCUGCUACACAAGCAGAAGUCUUCAGACAAAGAGUUCUCAGUCCAAAGUUCAGCCCGAGCAGAAGAAAGCACAGCUAUUAUCGCUGUGGUCCAAAAGAUGAUUGAGAGCUAUGAAACCCUUUUCAUGGUUCCUCCAGAUCUCCAGAAUGAAGUUUUGAUCAGCCUAUUAGAGACUGACCCUGAUGUUGUGGACUAUUUACUCAGAAGAAAAGCUUCCCAAUCAUCAAGCCCCCACCUGCUGAGAUCAGAGGGUUCCUUUUCCACGGAAGGGAGACAUUCAUCAACUGACUCCAAUAAAGCCUCAAGCGGAGACGUCUCCCCUUAUGAUAAUAACUCCCCAGUGUUGUCUGAACGCUCAUUGCUGGCUAUGCAAGAAGACAUUGCCCUGGGUUCAGAGAAGCUUUACAAGGUGCCUGAACAAUAUAUAUUGGUUGGCCACUUGCAGUCUAAAUCGAGGGAAAGUUCUCCUGGACUAUGGGCUGGAAAAGAUGUGUCAGAGGAGCCCUUCAAUAUUUGGGGAACCUGGCAUUCAACAUUAAAAAGUGGAUCCAAAAGCCCAGGAAUGACAGGCUCCUAUGGAGACAUUUAUGAAAGCAGCUUCCUUCGUCCAGGGCGGUGUUCCCUUUCCCAGGGGAACCUCUCCCUGAACUGCCCACGCUGGCAAGGGAAUUCCGCAGAACUGGACAGCGGGAAGCAGAUCAUCCGAAGGACUCAGACCACGGCCACCAUCCCAGAGUGUAAGCCCCAUGCUCCAGUAUCCCGAGUGUGCAGCACACCCCAGAUACAAGGAAGCAGGCGGGGCUCAGAACAAUCUCAUUCGAGAUCUGAGCAGUACUUGACUUUGAGUAGUGCAGAAGACCUCAGUGAGAGUGACUCGGAUGUGAGUUGGCUGCAAAACAGAGCCAAGUCUCUCUAUCUGAGAGUAGCAGAGAGUGGCAGAAAUGAACAGAGGCCUCCGCCUCCCUACCCUGGCCCAGGGAAGCAACUUUCAGCACCAUCUCAGCAGCCCACCGAGAAGCCAUUGUGGAGACUUCGGAGGUCAGAGGAGAGUUCAGAGACUGCGGCAAAGGAGGAAGAACAGGUGACCGCCUCCACUGACAAUUCGGAUCUUGGUCAGGAGAAUCAAGACGCAGUGAAAAAACUGGGCAAUGUUUAUUCUAUCGAAGCCAGUGAUCAGAACAGUAAAAACUUGGCAAAUCCAGACUGGCAUGAUUGGCAGAGGGAGCGAUGGCAAAUUUGGGAGCUCCUAUCCGCUGAUAAUCCAGAUGCCCUCCCUGAAACUCUAGUAUGACCACUCCCACACCUAUCUCCCAGCCACCCCCCCCAAAAAAUACACACACACAUACACAGACUGCCAUGAAUGUCCGUUCUUCCCUCCAGUAGGAAAAAAGAAAGAAAAAUGAUGCUGUUGGACAAUCAGGUGAAUUCUUCUUUUUUACACCAACUAAAGUUCUUGUAAAUGUUUUUUAAAGUCAACACUAUUUUCACUUUAAGAUUUUAAUAGCACUAUCAAAUGUCCAUUUACAAAUAAAUUUCUGUUGCAUAGCCAGCAUUUAAGGGAGAAGAAAAUGGAACAAAACUAUCUAUUUGAACAAUUGUGCCCACCUUGGCUGUGUGUAAGAUAAAAAUCUAUUGCUUUGGUGUAACUGAAUGUAUUUAUAUGUAUGCAGUUUUGAUGAUUGUAUAUUCUGUAAUGGGUUAUGUAUGAUAAUCAUAUAUGAUAUGUUCACAAACUGAAAACAAAAGGAACAAUUUUGACUGUUUUUUGUUUUUGUUUUUGUUUUUUAAUCACUGCACUUAUGUUAUAAGCAUUGAAAUUCUAUAGAGUGUGCACAAGCAGGUUUCUGUGCUUUUUAAAUAUUCAUUUGUAAAUGGGGGAAAGCCCUUUUGUCACUGCCUAAGAAAAACACUAAACUUAGAGAGACAGGAAAAGCCGUAUUUUUUAUAAUAAAAGUAGUGUGAUAGGGGGAAAAUAUAGUCACCACAUACUUUUUUCAUAUAAAAAUGCUUGUGAGCAAAAUUUAAAAUUUGAUACAUUAUAAAGAAAAUUUUUUUAGAUUGCAUUAGAAACUGUUCAGGAGUAAGGCCGUGCCUAACAGAUGGAAGGAUAAUUCAAAAGCCCUUCUCCCCAAUCUACACUCAGUACAAUUUUAUAUAAACAGUAUAUAUAAUAUAUUAUAUAUUUAUAAUGUAUGAUUUUUAUGUAUUUUUCAAAACAACAAACUGGAAUCCAAUUCUGAAAAUUUAAAAGCCUAAAUUAGGAUAUGUGGAUUACAAUUGAAUGUGGCUUUUCCUUUUACCCCAUGUGCAUUCAGUAUUAAAAACAAAUAGAUAAAUGCAAUGCUUUGGGUGUUAAAAUUAUGUUUGGAAAGAAAUCCAACUUUGCAUAUAUAUGAUACCAAAGGCUGAGGAAACAUUUUCUUUGAUGAUUUUAGGCUGCUUUGUGAACUAUAGUAAUACUAGAUAGUGUUACAAUAUAUGUUUGGGUGUUUUUCAAGUAACUGCAAAAUCAUUUCGUGGCCAGCAGAUGGCAAUUUACUUCAGUGUUUUAAGAAAAUUUUCACCUGAUAAGGGAAAGUGUAUUAUAUAUAU